AUGAGCAAUUUAAUUGAAACUAGUGCAUUCAAAUGGGCAAGAUUAAUCAUGUCCUUCCCAACUCGUUCCAUCAAGGUUAUGUGGCUAUUGAAUGAAUUAAAUCUUCCGAUUAGGGAUAUAAGCAAGGAGACUGAUUACUCAUCACUCAAUGUUGAACAAGACAGUGCCAUUCAGGUGAGAUUUGUCAGAUUGGAAACUGGAGAACAUAUGAAUCCUCUCAAGAAUCCUCAUCCAUUCCAUAAGGUUCCAUGUCUUGAAUAUCAAUUGAAGGGAGAAGAGACUAAACAUGUCUUGUUUGAAUCGAAUGCUAUUCUAAUGUUCUUGUUGGAGAAUUUUGAUACUGAGAAGAAACUUUCACCAUCCACAAGUGUUUAUAGAACUGGACUCAGAUAUCAAAUAAUGAUGUGGGUCAGCUCAUCAUUGGAACAAGAUAUUUCACCUGCCAUGAAGAUUUUUAAAACACUUUUACAAAAGAAAGGUCUCAAUAUUAUGAAUAAGCAUCUUCUUACUUUUGAACCUGAAGAAAAGGAAGAAUUUGAUAAGGCUUCAGCUAUUAUUAGGGAAAGUUAUUUGCCACAUGUUGAAAAGUUACUUUCUGAAAGAGAUCCAAAUUCUCAAUACUUGUUUGAUAAUCAAGUGGAUAUUGCUGAUAUUUGUUUAGGGUUUGGUUUGAAGGGUUGUGAUACUUGUGGUUUAUUGGAUGAGAAACUCUAUCCUAACUGUAAGAAGUAUUAUGGAAUUAUGUGUGCAACUGCAAGUCAUGGAAAGGCAAUGCAACAAAUGAUGAAAAUGUUUACUGAAUCUCUUUCCAAGUAG